AGAAUCAUAGAAUUGGUAGAAGCAUCUCAAAGUUAAGCGUUCUCUGGGAAAAAGAAUUGAACAAAAACAAAAGCAGCCAUGGCCGGGAAAUAUCAAGUUCGAUCUAUAAGCUUGCCUUCCAGAUCCCAUCCCAGCACUGUCAGACUCGAAGAAGAGCUGAACAGGCUCAAAAUCCGAGAGGAAACAUCAACAUUAACAUCAGAGUCGAUUUGCAAGGGUCUAGUUGGUCUAGAAGAGUUGUACAGAUGCGUGGAUGAUCUUCUCAAUAUGGCAUCGACCCAACAAGUACUUUCCCAACUUCAACAUGAGAAAUACGUCGAGGAGUUGUUGGAUGGAUCUGUAAGGCUUUUGGAUAUCUGCGGCAUUACAAGGGAUGCCAUGUUGCAGAUUAGGGAACAUGUUCAAGUUCUUCAAUCAGCUCUCCGAAGGCGAAAGGGAGAUUCAAGCAUUGAAAGCAGCAUCAACAGCUAUACUUGCUUCAGAAAGAAAAUGAAGAAAGAUGCCAAGAAGUUGAUCGCGGCUUUAAAGCAAAUGGAAAGCAAAUGUGGAGCAUCACCAAUCUUAGAUCUAGACCACCAUCUAUCUGCGGUGAUUCGAGUGCUUAGAGAAGUUUGUUUAAUGAAUGUUUCAACCUUUCAAUCCCUCUUGAUGUUCUUGACAACUCCAGUGUCAAAGCCAAUUAGUGGGUGGUCACUGGUCUCAAAGCUGAUGCACAAAAGCGUAAUAGCAUGCGAAGAGAAGCAAGAGAAAGUGAAUGAGAUGGAAGUUGUUGAUGCUGCACUAAGCACCCUAUGCAGAUCAUAUGCCUCAAGUAAGGGGGCUGAUCCUGAGAAGGCACAAAGUGCAAAGAAAAGGUUGGAGGAUUUGGAGAUUAGCAUUGAAGAGCUGGAGAAUAGUUUGGAGUGUGUGUUUAGGCGCUUGAUCAGAACAAGAGCCUCUCUUUUGAACAUAAUCUCUCAAUAGAUCAGAAUCAAAAAAAAAAA